AAUUUAUAUCUUUUUUUAUCACAAAUUAACUAAUCCGACGUUAUAUAAACUUUUACAAAAUUUUCACAAGCACUAUUUCUAUUCCUCCUCCAAUUUAUUCGAAAAAAGUAUAAAUGUUUCUCUCAAAAACAAAAUAGACAUUUGAUGCGCUUAUCAAGUGUCGCGCUCGGAAGGGUUUGAUGGAUAUUAUUCAGUACUCUAUGUUAUGAGAAAGUAAAACUAAUUCGAUCUUCAAAGAGAAAUGAUAAAAGCACUUCAGAGAACAUAAAGGGGAAAAGGGUUUGUAGUUACAAAUAAUUGCGCACUUACUUCCAAGCGCAAUUACGGUAAGCUUUGCUGUGUCAGAAGGAAUCAAUAAGUAAGCUUCCGUAAUUCACCGCACGGACAAGCGUUUAUACGGAAUUGUUGAUAGUCCGUAAUAUUAGUGUUCCGCAAAAUGACAGACAAGAAAGACAUUUGGAAAAGUCGAUACUAUCGUAUCCUUAGAACUUACAUGAGCCUAUUGGGCAUAUGGCCGUACGAUAGACUUUGCAAGCGAUACAUACGCUUUAUACCGACGUUUAUAUUCUCCUUUAGUAUUCUGAUACCCCAGUUAGCGUAUACUGUGGCAAUUGCUUCGGAUUUUAACGACGUGAUAGACAGUGUAACAUCAGCGAUAAUCAGUAUAAUAUUCAGCUUUAAAAUAGCAAGUAUAAUGUUUGACAAAAAUGUAAGUAACAAUUUAAGCAAAUUCAACGUUUCUGUCAUAUUUCUUCUCCAAAUCAUUAAUAGGUUAAAAAGCAUGCAAAUGUGUUUAUAUAGGUAAAGACUUGUCUUAAGAUAAUAGAGAAGGAUUGGCUGUCAUUAAAGACAAAUGUAGAAAAAGCUAUUCUACAGCGCUACACCGAACACGGACAAUAUCUAUCGACAUCUUAUGCAGGUACAUCAUAGAAAAUGUAUAAAUGUACUUUUAAAAUGUACGUACACGUCUAUCUAAUGAGGCAUUUUAUACUUCUGUGUAUAUACAUUAUAAUUUCUUAAAUUAUUCAAUAAUUCCUUUCAUCUUAAAAUUUGUAUAAAGUAUGUGACUAUAAAAAAAUUAUUUUAAAAAAUUCUUAUUCAUUCAAAACCAACGUUUUUGAAACAAGUAAAGAUUAUAAGAGACAAAAAUUUAUGGAAAGAAUUUACUGUAAUUCGCAUAUCACUUUUUUUAGUUUUCAUGCAUACAGCACAAGUUUUUUACAUGGUCAAACCAGUUGUCCUGUCGCUCUUAGAAAAUGAUAUGACAAAUUCUACGUCUGCAUUAAAGUUGCCAUAUCUCGUAGAGUACGGUGUGGACAUAGA